AUGAGCGACCGCCAAAUCCUGUCCACCCUAGCUACCUACCUCUGGCCAAAGGAGAACCCGGAGUACAAGGGCCGCAUAGCCCUAGCCAUGGGGCUGCUUGUCGCGUCCAAGCUGCUGACAGUCCAGGUGCCGUUCUUCUUCAAGCACGCGGUGGACGCCCUGGCCAUAGACCCCACUGGCGCCGCUCCCAGCGCGCUGUGGGGCGUGGCGACGCUGGGGCCCGUGGCGCUGCUAAUGGGCUAUGGGAUCAGCCGCGGGGGGGCCGCAUUUUGCGGGGAGAUGCGGAACAUCGUGUUUGCAAAGGUGUCCCAGUCUGCCAUCCGCAGCGUGGCCAACCGGGUGUUUGCCCACCUGCUGUCGCUGGACCUGAAGUUCCACCUCUCACGCCAGACAGGGGCCCUCAACCGCGUCAUAGACAGGGGGACGCGCGGCAUCAACUGGACCCUGUCCAGCAUGGUGUUCAAUGUGGUACCCACCGUCUUUGAGGUGGCCAUGGUCAGCGCCAUCCUGACGGCCAAGUGCGGCCCCUCCCUGGCGGCCCUCACGUUUGGCACCCUGGCUGCAUACAUCGCCUUCACCUUCUCGUGGCGCACCGAGUUCCGGCGCACCAUGAACCGCGCCGAGGCCGAGGCCAAUAGCCGCGCGCUGGACUCGCUGCUCAACUACGAGACGGUGAAGUACUUUGGCAACGAGCAGCAUGAGCUCAGGCGCCAUGACGAGUGCAUGGCAAAGUACCAGGCCGCGGGGAUCAAAACUCAGCAGUCGCUGUCGAUGCUCAACCUGGGCCAGAACUGGAUCUUCUCGGGGGCGCUGGCGACCGCAAUGGUGAUGACGUGCUCAGGCAUCGCCGCGGGCACCAACACCGUGGGGGACCUGGUGAUGGUCAACGCGCUGCUGUUCCAGCUGUCCAUGCCCCUGAACUUCCUGGGCACCGUCUACCGGGAGACCAAGCAGUCGCUGGUGGACAUGGGGGCCAUGUUUGCGCUCAUGGAGGCAAGCGGGAACGAUGCCACGCUUUACGCUCGGCCCUGUGAGCGCGCAGCCAUCCGGGACGCGCCGGACGCCAUCCCCUUGCCGCCGCCCACCUCGUCGCCGGCAUCGUUCGGCGCGAUCAGCAGCAGCAACAUCAGCAGCAGCAGCAGCAGCAGCAGCAGCAGCAGCAACAUCAGCGGCAGCACUAGCAGCAGCGGCGGCGAGGGGGGCCUGGGGUUUGGUCUGGACAUCGAAUUGCGUGAUGUCGAGUUUGGCUACCGCGAGGACUCCCAGAUCCUUCGCGGCGUGAGCUUCAGGGUGCCGGCCGGCACCAGCUGCGCGGUGGUGGGCAGCAGCGGCAGCGGCAAGUCGACGAUCCUCAGACUGCUGUACAGGUUCUACGACACGGAGGGCGGCGCGGUGCUGCUGGGGGGCCACGACGUGCGGCGGCUCACGCUGGCCUCCCUCAGGGGGGCUCUCGGGAAGGUCCCGCAAGACAUGGUGCUCUUCAACGACACUAUAUUCUACAACAUAGCUUACGGGGACCUCUCGGCCACGAGGGAGCAGGUGGAGGCCGCGGCCCGUGCCGCGCGCGUCCACGAUGCCAUCAUGGCCAUGCCUGACGGCUACGGCACCGUGGUGGGGGAGCGCGGCCUCAAGCUCAGCGGCGGAGAGAAGCAGCGCGUCGCAAUCGCCAGGGCGUUCCUCAAGAACCCCCGGGUCCUGCUGUUCGACGAGGCCACGUCAGCGCUUGACACAACCACCGAGAGGGAGAUCCUGGAGAGCCUCGAGGCCUUGGCCGCGGGGCGCACCUCCAUAUUCGUCGCCCACCGCCUCAGCACCGCCGCCGCCCGUACCCACGUAAUCGCCCACCUCUUUCCUCCCGUCACCGCCUCUCCGCCGCCCUCGCUCUCCGCGCCCCGUCCUUUUCCCCCGUCAUUCCUCCCAAAGAUCGUGGUUCUGGACCAGGGCCGGGUCGUCGAGGCGGGGCCGCACCAGCAGCUGCUGGCGCAGGGGGGCAAGUACGCGGAGCUUUGGUCGCGACAGGCCACGGUGGACGACCUGAUCGACGGCGGCGCGGCCCCCCCCGACAACGGCAGCGACGGCGACGGCGGCGGCGCCGCGGCCGCGGCCGAGGCCGAGCCGGCCGUCGUGGAGGAGAGCGGCAAGGGCGCGUCGCCGCCGCUCGCGCGCGCCAGCGCGCCGGCGGCGUGA